AUGGAGAGCCCGCCGCCCCCCGCCGCGCAGCAGCAGCAGCAGCAGCAGCAGCAGCAGGAGCAGCAGCAGGAGGCCGCGGACUUCGAAGACGAAGUCGUCUCCUCCUUCGACAGCCUCCCCCUCAACGAGAAGCUCCUCCGCGGCAUCUACUCCUACGGCUUCGAAAAGCCCUCCGCCAUCCAAAUGCGCGGCAUCAAGCCCAUCAUCGACGGCCACGACACCAUCGGCCAGGCGCAGAGCGGCACGGGCAAGACCGCCACUUUCGUGAUUGCGGCGCUGCAGAAGAUCGACUACGACAAGCCCGCCUGCCAGGUCCUCAUCCUCGCGCCCACGCGGGAGCUCGCCCAGCAGAUCCAGAAGGUGGCGCUGGCGCUGGGGGACUACCUGAACGUGCUGUGCCACGCGUGCGUGGGAGGCACCUCGGUGCGGGAGGACGCGCAGCGGCUGCACGGGGGCGUGCACGUGGUGGUGGGGACUCCGGGGCGCGUGAACGACAUGCUGGAAAAGAGACACUUGCGCUGCGAACAGAUGCAGCUGUUCGUGCUGGACGAGGCGGACGAGAUGCUCUCGCGGGGCUUCAAGGCGCAGAUUUUGGCGGUCUUCCAGCACCUGCCGCAGGACGUGCAGGUGGCGCUGUUCUCGGCCACGAUGCCCGCUGACAUUCUCGAACUCACCACGCAGUUCAUGCGCAAGCCCAAGCGGAUUCUGGUGAAGAAGGACGAGCUCACGCUCGAGGGCAUUGCGCAGUACUUCAUCGACGUCCAGCGCGAGGAGAACAAGUUCGACACCCUCGUCGACCUCUACGAAACCCUCACCAUCACCCAGGCAAUAAUAUACUGCAACACGCGGCGGAAGGUGCUGCAGCUGGUGGAGAUGAUGACGGGCCACGACUUCACCGUCUCCGCGAUGCACGGCGACAUGGAGCAGCAGCAGCGCGAGACGGUGCUGCGGGAGUUCCGCAGCGGCUCCACGCGCGUGCUGAUCACCACGGACCUGCUCGCGAGGGGCAUCGACGUGCAGCAGGUGUCGCUGGUGAUCAACUACGACAUUCCCACUUCGAAGGAGAACUACAUCCACCGCAUUGGGCGCAGCGGGCGUUUCGGGCGGAAGGGCAUCGCCAUCAACUUCGUCACGGCCGCGGACAUGGAGCAGCUCAAGGACAUUGAGACGCACUACAACACGCAGAUCCAGGAGAUGCCCGCCAAGCUCGACACCAAGUAG